CAAACGCGCUCCGUUGAGUUGCUUCAGGAAAGUGAACAUGCGAGGCGACCGGACCGGCAAUUGCGGCGAGGGGAAUCUCGGUUACAAGAAAUGUGAAGAAGAACAUGUACUCUGUGGAAGGAUCCAGUGCACAAAUAUUGAGAGGAUCCCACUGCUUUCCACCAACCAAGCCAUCCUGCAGACACCAGUAGGCAAUAUCUUGUGCUGGGGUAUAGGAUUUCACAAAGGGCUGGAUGUAAGCGAUAUCGGAGUCACACCAGAUGGAUCCUCGUGUGGUGCAGGGAAGAUAUGCAUCAAUGGAUCCUGCGUUAACAUUGGAAUUGUGAACUCCAACUGUGAUUCCAGCAAAUGUCACAACAGAGGGGUGUGCAACAACCGGAGGAACUGCCACUGUGAGUACGGGUGGGCCCCUCCCUUCUGCAGGGGCAAAGGGUACGGAGGAAGCAUCGACAGCGGGCCCCCUCCAGAAUACAACCCUCCUGCAAACAUCAUAAUAGGCUCCACAAUUGGGCUACUCUUUAUUUUGCUGAUCCUUGCGCUGAUUAAGAAACACAUAUUGCCUUCCUGGUUGACCAGGGAAGAAGCACAAGAGGAUUCUGAGCUAGACAACACCCUGCAGCCAGUCCAGGAGGACAGUCUGGAGGAAGAAGCACCGCCCCUCCAGGACCCCACAGAAACGACAACCUAGGAGACGGUACGAAAGAUAAUGCCGGCUGGCCCCUUCCGCUCUGCGCCAAAGUCACCGGUUCGAGGCUGCAUUUUCACAAACGAAGAGAAUGUUCCUUGGAGGAGGAGGGGGCAGUGACAUCCCACCCCCACCCCCUUUUGCCAGUCAUACCUUGGUCUCUUGCUAGGGGAUCUCCUUGCUCUGCUUAUGUUUCUUUGAAAACUGCAUCCGUCACUCCCAGUAAUCACAGG